AUGGCUUCCACCUUGGGAAAACGAAUUGUCUUCACCGGUGGCUCUGGAAAGGCUGGACGGCAUUGCAUUCCAUACUUGUUGGGCAAAGGACACCAAGUUCUCAAUCUGGACUUGGUGGAUUUCCCCAAGGACCAUCUACCGGUCGGCAAGGAUGUCUAUACCAUGAAAUGUGACCUGACCGACGGCGCGCAGACCUUCAACGCCCUGUCCUCGCUCUUCUCCAUGGAAGAGUAUGCGCUGCCAAAACACCCAGGGCCCCCUGAUGCUGUCGUCCAUUUUGCAGCAUAUGCUCGAAACAUGAUCGUCCCUGACAGCGAGACAUUUCGCGGCAAUGUCAUGAGUACCUAUAAUGUCGUCGAGUCGGCAUGUAAACUGGGUGUUACGAAGAUCAUCAUUGCAAGCAGCGAAACAACCUACGGUGUCUGCUUCAGUCAAGGGGAUGAUGAAUACCAUUCUUUCCCCCUUGAUGAGGACACCUACGAUCGAAAUCCGAUGGAUACGUAUGCGUGCAGCAAACUGACAGGUGAGCGCAUUGGUCGCACCUUUGCCCGUCGGUUUGGCGUGGACAUCUAUGCAUUGGUAAUUGGGAAUGUGAUCGAGCCGCACGAAUAUGAAAGAGACUUUCCUCGACAUGUUGGGAGCCCAGAGACAAGGAAGCGGAACGCGUGGAGUUAUAUUGACGCAAGAGACCUGGGGCAGAUCUGCGAUUUGUGUGUUGCGAAAGAUGGACUCGGAUUUCAGGUCUUCAAUGCAACAAACGACACCAUCACCACUUCUGUUCCUACGGAGGAGUUUCUGAAGAAAACAUGUCCCCAAACCCCAAUCACCCGAAGAAUGGACGAAUGGGAGGCGCCCCUGUCAAACAAGAAGAUUCGCGAGGUGCUGGGGUAUAAGGAUGUCCACAACUGGCGUAAAUACUACAAUCACAACGAGUGA